CAUUUUGGUGGCCGAGUGAAGUCGUUCAUCCAUCCAACGAUUAGUAUAGGGAAAAUAGUUUUCAAAUCCACACUUUCUAUGGGUGAAGCAUUGAGCACAAAAUUUGAUAAAGACAAGAAGAUUCCCGUUCAGAUCACGAAUGCGGCUUAUAUUCUUCGCAACGUCAUUUUUAAGCAAUCCAAAAAAGCAUUUUCUACCAAAAUAACUGUAAAUGAUGUGAUGGAAGGAGAAGUUCAAGUUCCACCACUUCUAAAAGAGUUUUUUGAGUGCCUUGUUGCUGGUCACAUCAACCCAGCCAAAAUUCGAGAAGGAAAACAGAUAAGAAUAAAAUCUUUGUGUGAAGAUUCAAUUUUCUCUGUCACCAAUGGAAGGUGUAGACCUUCGAAACAUGUUGUUCUUUCAUUGGUCAUGAAAUCUGUAACAGGGAGCCGGAAAGUGAUUGAAGUCUUCAACAAACUGGGACACGGAGUCGCCUUUGACAACUACGAUCGAUUCGUCGAAACCCUUACUGGGAAAGACACACUUCACGAUACCGUAGGUAUCGUGUAUCAAGAUGUCUCUGAAUGUAUCCAGGAAAAUCCGGACGAAGAUGAAGUCAAUCCGGAGGACAAUAAAGACAACCAAGCAACAUCAUUUGACGGAAGACGACCGUCAUCUCGUCGUCGAAGGGCUUUUUGCUACUUGCCGCAACUGAACAUUUCUCCAACUUCUAAUUCGGCAAUGCUUGAAACACUGAAAAUGAGCAAACGGCUCGCGAAAGAGUGUAACCAAAAAUAUUUUUCGGUUACUUAUGACCUUGCCAUUUCUAAAAUGGCACUCACAAUUCAAGCUGAAGAGAAGCCCGAGUACGACUGUUUAUUUAUUCAUCCAGGAUCUUUUCACAUCGAACUCUUCCUUUUUAAAGCAAUUUAA